AUUUUAAAAACAAGUUGGCAGGUCUUCAACUGCACGCCGCACGUUUUAUUUACUUUGUAAUAGUUUUAUCAACUAUUUCUCGGCCGUGCUAUGAAACUUACAAAUAAAUCCAAAAAUUCAGCCCAAAUAAAAAGGGCGAAGGCCCCAACGAAAUCCAAUGGUUUAAAUGCGUCUGCAAAGCUAAAGAAGAAGCUUAAAGCCUCCUUAAAUUCAAACGAUGUCGAUGCAGAAGAGCUCGGAUUUGUUGCUGAUCGUUUUAAAGAGAAGAAGGAGGAGCAGCAGCAGGUAAAGCAGAACCCAAAUUCAAAAGCAAAGGGAAAGCCGAAGGAAAAACCAAAGGAAAAGGACACCAAUAACAGUACCAGUUCCAGUUCCAAAACUUUUGUGCUGGAUGAAAAGUGGUCUUUGUUGUUAGCUCGUUUGGGAGGCUCCUCUAAGGAGGAAGGCGGUGCAGCGCUUAAGGACUGCAUGCAGUCGAUUUUAAACGAAGCCAAGCGCGCCAAGAAUAAAGAUUUGCUUCGUGAAAGACAGCGCAGUAUUCUGGAAGCGCUUAUCAACUCGGAGACAACACCGGCAGUCGCUCUGCCAGCCUUUGAAAAGUAUGCGCGUUGCUUGGACGUGAUGCAGAUGACGUAUGAACUGUUGCCGGAAUUAAAACCGGACAGUUUUGUUGACUCACCCAACCAGGCACUCAACUAUCUGGGCAUCAUCAAUCUGCUCGACUUGGGAAAGACUGUUCUGAAUGCUAAAGAAUACCACAUCGGUGCGGGAACGAAGGAAAAUCCAAGCUUUGAUUACGAUAACACACGUCAAUUAUUGAAUACAGUUUGGAAUGGCAUCAUUAGCUCGUGCAGUGGAGUGGAGGAGAAAGUGCAUCGGCAGGUGCUAGUUGUGCUCCUGGAACGAAUCCUGCCACAUUUAGAGAAUCCCAUACUGUUAACCGAUUUUCUAAUGGAUUCACUGCAUUCGUUCGAGGGACCCAUUGCAUUGCUUGCUUUACAGGGUAUCUUUUCGUUGAUGCAGCACCAGAAUAUCACCUACCCGGAUGUCUAUGUGAAGCUGUAUAACAUGUUCUAUCCCCGAAUAUUCUACAAUAAGUAUAAAGCACGUCUUUUUUAUUUGGCGGACAUAUUUUUGACUUCAACGCAUUUGCCGGAAAAUCUGGUAGCUGCUUUUGUCAAGCGUCUGGCUCGUCUCUGCCUCAAAAGUCCAACAGAGGAUGCCAUUAUAAUGAUACGCUUCAUCUGCAACCUAUUGCUGCGCCACACGGGCUUGCAGCGUCUCAUUUGUGCAACAGCCGCAGCAAGUGCUCUGGAGAUAGAAGAUCCUUACGAUGAGUCGGUGUUGGACCCAGUUAAGUCUGGAGCCCUCAACAGCUCCCUCUGGGAGAUGAUAUUGCUGCAGAAGCACGCGGUGCCCGAAGUGGCAAAUGCUGCACGUUUUGUAUCAAAAAGUUUGCCCGUCAUGGAGUUCGAUCUGGGACCUUUGCUCGAAAUGAAAGAAUGUGACAUCUUUGAUGAUGAAGUGAAGAAAGCAGCAAAGCAAUUUAUGCUGAACUUUGAGCGUCCCAAAAAUUUCGCGCUGCCAAAAACUGACGUAGUUACUAAAUACUUUGAUAUUUUAUAGUUAAACAAGUACAAAUAAAUGUAAAAUGAGGGCAACGGUUUAAGCUCGAUUUAA